UGAUGUAUAUAUAUUCUCAAUAACGGAUUUAUCAAAACGCUGUCAUAUCGCUGCCGGCACCGGCAGUUCAUAUCGGAACACGCUUCCGAUUCGAAGCGUUUAAAAUAUUGAACUUUCAAAUGGCUGUUGCGCAAAAGUUUUGCUGAAAAAAAUAAAACGCACGCUGUCGACGAGCAUUGUUAUCGUUCUGAUGACGUCGUUUUCCUCGCUUAAUGAGAAUCGGAUUCUCGAACAGUGAGAGGUUAUGUGUGGCCACGGCUCAUGUUUCACAGAAAACGCGCGUGACACGUAGAUUAUUUGCAUAUACACAUCGUUCUGGAAGAGUAUCAAUAACGUGGCAUAUGUUCCGUGAAGUAUAGCUGGCACACAACACGAAAAAGAGAGUGAUGGGAAUCGACGGUAUGAGGGUCGGCGGAGGCAGAUGCCCGCCCCUUCUUGUUGGAGGACUUCUCCUGGCGUGUCUUAUGCUCAUCUGCAACUGGUGGACCUUAUCUUCCGAGAACCUGGAGCUUGUCAGGCAAAUCGACGACCUCAACGAGCAGCUCAAGAUCAGUGCUGAAGAGAGGGAUCAGUGUGUAACAUUACGUGGUAACCUAGAGCAGAGGUAUAAACACACAGAGGAUGAACUGGCUACAUUACACCUUCGCUUGGAGCAACAGCUUGAUUUUAAAAAGAAAAACGAUGAGCUAGAGGAUUCAGUGACAGUAUGCAAAAGCGAGUUGGACUCAUUAAACAAACUGGACGCCACUAAAACUGCGACAUUAGAAACAUUGAGAUUAGAAAAAGACACAAUUAAUACUCAAUUAGAUCAAAAGCGAAAUGAGAAUAAACAGUUUAAAGAAGAAGUAGAAGAGCUGAAAAAAGAAAUAGAUCAACUCAAGCUUAGUUGUAAUGCGCCACCUGAGAAGAAACAGACUCCAUAUCUUCAAUCACUUGAAACGGAUUCAAAACAAGUCAAUGCCAAUGCGUCGUAUGCUGCCGCGGAGGGUAUUGCCGAGUUCGAAGAUUUUGCACGUGAUAACAAUGAAGAUGAAGUUCAGAGCACAGACGGGACUAUGCUACUUCCAGAUGAGGAAGAAGGGAAAGCGCAGAGUGCCACACAGAAACUUGAAGAUAAAACUAAAUAAUACCGUGAAAUUAUUUAGAAUUAAAUGACUCAGUUUUGCAAUAACUUACAAGUUAAUUUUUAAGAUUUUAUGACGUCAAUUAAUUUUUAAGAGUUUUAAAAAGUUCUGAAAGUAUAAUUACAAAU